GCCAUCUGUGGACCGCGUGAGGUACUCAACAGGUGUCGAGGCAACAUUAGUGGUGUUAUACCCAAGAGCAGGAGCUCGCCGCCAGGUUAUUGUGUCUAGACUGGCUGCGUUACGGCAAGUGGUCUUCACCAUCCGGGGUGAACGUAUAGUGUAAGGACGCUUGGAGGCCAGACAGACACGUUCAUAGAAGGCGAGACACAGACACGAAACAACCGAGAUGGAGGCGUGCAGGUGGUGGAUGGGUGUGGCGGGAGUGGUGGUGGGGGUGGCCACCUUCGGAACUGUGGUGGGGACGGCCUGCUGGCAUAUGGCCUACGAGGAAGCCUUGCUACAGGCCGCAGCCAGGGAACAACGCAUACUAGACCUUCUCACUGAAAACUUCAGGCAACACAUAACGUCGCUAACAGAGCAGCUUGAAGAAAGAAACACAUUGGUCACGAAGCUUCUAAACAACGACACAUCAUCUCCAUUGCCACAACCAAUUGGUUCAGAGUAUCGGUCGGCGCGGGGCGCACAUCCACAGCUGGCUGACGCUCCAGGUGAUAUAAACACGAGGUCUCUGUCGACGCACAACAGCCCGUCUCCAGCUGUGCUGCAGCAGAGUCAUACAAAGCAGACACAGACUGUGGUGAUUGGUGUCUUGGGUUCCCUGACCCUUUCGGUGACGAGUGUGUUGGAUGCCUGGAUGGAACUUCAGCAAAGUGAUCCCAUCAGCCGUGACGUACGUCUGGUAUUAUCGCCAUGUCUGACCCGGGAGACCCUGGUGGAAGACGUGGCGCGGUUAUAUCAAGACUUGGGUGUGCAAGUCUUUCUUGACGACCCCACUACUGACGAAGUAGGCCAGUUGGCAGAUUGGGCGGCUAGUAGGCCAUCACCCCGCUGGCCUGUCGUCUUUGUCCUGCCUUCAACCCCACCAGCCUGGAAGACGUUGGAGAGGAAAGAUCUGGAGAAAGACUUGGCGGUGGUGGCGGCGAGACCCUCGCUUCUCCUGCACCUCCUGGUCACCCUCCACCAGAUACGAGCGGAAGGGUUAGUGGGCGUGUUGCCGCUGGUGGAGGUGGGCGGCGGGCCUCGCUCCCUCGCUGGACUCUUCUCUCUCUGGAACCUGGACCUUGGUGUCCAUGUCAUGGAUGUAGUUCACUAUAGCCUUUCAACCCCCAUAGAAGACAUUGUUGACACUGCCGAUGCUAUUCUGCAGUCGUUUGCAAGUGACAGGGUUGGUGUGCUUGUAGACUCAGGCCCCAGACUGCUAGAGUUGGCUGUUGCUGCUGCUGGUCACCGUCUCUCAAAAAUGCCUUGGUUUCUGAUGGCUAAAAACUUGGUUGUAGAUUUGCUUAAUACGGAACAAGUUAAUCUGAGAUCCCUAGAUCUGAAUAUUGUAGAGUAUAAAGAGUCUUCGCACAACGUGAAUAAUAUGAAUAUAUAUAACACUUUGGUUUCUGCUAUCCAUUUUGGAUAUACGCUUAAAAGGGACAGGAACUCCUCCCUGAAUGAAGUCAUGAAGGACGUGACUGGAACCAACUGGACAGGACUUACUGGGUCAUCUGAAAACCUUCUCAGUUUCAAAGGCGCCUACCUUUGCCUUAAAACAAAGACUAAUUCAACAGAGGUUAUAGACGUACUCUCUCGCCAGUCCUACAUUACCCUCCAAUCUCUCUCGCCACGUACAUACAUUCUCGAUCUGAAUGAGAAAUACAUUAAAGUUGUAGACACCAUUCACUGACAAUUACUUUCGCGUGUCAAAAGGGAAUAACUAGCGUGUAGGCAGUAGUAGGUAAUCCCUUAACUGUGUUCCAUUCUUGGCUUCCUUUUCCGCGAGCGUCUGGACUAAAGGAACACUUGCCACCUGUUACUCGGCUGCAGCCUACACUCGCCUCUAUUGAACCACACUUUCAGGCCCGCUUCUAUCCAAGACAGCUAACGGUGAACAAUGUUGAGUCGAUGACUCAGCCUCUUGUUAAAUCAGUUUUGUUUUAUCAAUUAAUAUUUUUUAAUCAGUUUUAAUUAUGAACAAUAAAAUUUUACUAUUUU